UUUAUUGUAUUUCAAAAAAAAAAAAAAAAAAGUCAAAGGCAGAAAAGUUCCAGCAGACACUAGAGUUCAAUUACAAGCCACGCUUAUCAAGCCCCACAUAAUGAUCAGUACAGAGCACCAGCCAAAGCCCAGAUUACCAAGCCCAUGUUAAUUUCAGAUUGUUGAAAGUCCAUUCCAGUGAAUCAUGGUAGUCUCAAAAGCACCAAUAUUUGAUGGACGUCCAGAUCCAUGGACCUUCAUUAAUUGGUUAGAUGAGAUGGAUCAAUUCUUUGAUCAAAUAUGUCUGCCAAAUGCUAAUAAGGUUAGGUUCGCCAGGUUGAAAUUGAGAAGUAGAGCUAGAGACUUAUGGCGUAGUAUUGAGAAUAAUCUCAAAGGAAGGAGCAAGCCUGCCAUAACUGAUUGGAAUGAAAUGAAACAAAUACUUAGAGAGAAAUAUGUCCCCCAAUGCUAUCAAGAGAAUUAUCAACCUCAAUCCUCUCAUGGGAAUUUUCUACACCACAGAGACAGUAUUCAGCAAGAAAACACCUCAUCCUUCCGUCAAGAACUCACUGCCAUAGCUCAAGACUUAAGAAAAAUAAUGGUUUUACUAGACUCUUCUACUCAGAAAAAGGAUGCUCAGGUUCCACCAAAGACUAAUGUUGAAAUAGAGGUACAAGUGCCAAUAGAUGAUGUUUCAACAUUCAUGCAGCAAGAAGAACCUAUUAUAGAGUCUACACAAGAAGAGAAAUUUCAACAAGUGAGCGAAGAUUUAGAGGGUGCACUUGAUGAGGAGGUUGAUUCUGAUGAAAGUGGUAUUGAGCCCUUCAUGAUCCAUGAGGUUGAUGAACAUCUAUAGGUUGUUGAAGUCCAAAAGGUUGAUACUAUGAUUCAAGAUAAAAUUGUGCCUGUUCAACACAUUGAUUUUGUGUUUCCAGAGGAGUUCUAUGGUGUAAUGGAAUUGAAGGUUAUUCUACUCUCAGUGCUUCCUAGGGUGAUUUCUGAUUUGAAGGAAGUAUUAAGCACCAAAGUCUUAAUUCUUCAUCACUACAAAACUCGAGGUCGAGUUUUCUUAAACCAGGGGAGUAUAAUGUAGGAGCAUAACCAAAAGUUAUUUCAAUAUUUCAUUUUAGAUUUUCAGUGGAUAAUUUCAGAUUGUAACAUAGUUAUUUGUUUAGUUUGGAUUGGUAUUUGAGUUUGGUUAAAAUUAGUAGUUUAUCAUUAUCAUUUGUUUAGGAUUAUUGGAUAAGUAUUUGAGAUUGUUUAGGAUUAUCAGAUUAGUAUUUGAAAUUGUUUAGGAUUUGUUUAGGAGAGUUUAUCCUUAUUUUUGUGAUUCCUAGAAGCUGCAUAUAAAGCUUCAAAUGAUUUCUUUUGUAGGACAGACUAUUAUUAUUAUUAUUGAGAUUAUUUGCAAAAAUUGCAUAUUAUUUGUUUGGUGGUGAUUCCAAACACCUUAGGUGGGAAGCCUAAGGUUCUUCGGUAGGACUAAUCUAGGUGGGAAGCCUAGGUUGUCCU